AGCAGCAGCAGCGGCAGCAGCAGCAGCAGCACCGCGCCCGCGGCGCCGGAUCCCCCGUGGCGGCAAAACCCAGUUCUUCAGUAUCUGAGGAUGGAUAAAGACUUCCGCUACUACUUCCAGCACCCGUGGUCUCGCUUAGUUGUGGCUUACUUAGUGAUCUUCUUUAACUUCUUAAUAUUUGCUGAGGACCCAGUAUCUCACAGCCAGACAGAAGCCAAUGUUAUUGUUGUUGGUAAUUGUUUCUCCUUUGUAACAAAUAAAUACCCUGAAGGAGGAGGCUGGAGAUUUUUGAAGGUGUUUCUGUGGCUCCUUGCCAUUCUCACAGGACUAAUAGCUGGGAAAUUUCUCUUCCAUCAGCGCUUGUUUGGUCAGUUGCUCCGUCUGAAAAUGUUUAGAGAGGACCAUGGGUCUUGGAUGACAAUGUUCUUCAGUACCAUCCUCUUCCUCUUCAUAUUUUCUCAUAUUUAUAACCUGUUCCUCAUUAUGGCGGGGAAUAUGAGUGCAUAUAUUAUAACAGACUUCAUGGGCAUCAGAAAUGAAAAUUUUAUGAAGGUAGCUGCAGUUGGGACUUGGAUGGGAGAUUUUGUCACAGCGUGGAUGGUCACAGAUAUGAUGCUUCAGGACAAGCCUUACCCAGACUGGGGAAAGUCUGCCAGAGCUUUCUGGAAGAAAGGAAACAUUAGGAUCAUUUUAUUCUGGACAGUUCUGUUUACUCUGACCUCUGUAGUUGUGCUUGUCAUCACUACUGACUGGAUCAGCUGGGACAAACUGAAUCGUGGAUUUCUGCCAAGUGAUGAGGUCUCAAGAGCCUUCUUGGCUUCUUUCAUCUUGGUGUUUGACCUUCUUAUUGUCAUGCAGACUGUGUGUUGGAGAAAGCUGCCCAGACUUCCCAGACUGUGCCGGGUGACAUUUCUGAAGGCAGCUGCUUGGUGGUGCCCCAGACACCUGCAACUGCCACCUCCCAGACAAGAACUGCAGCAUGUUCUUUUGGCUGACUGGGAGUUUCCACAUUUUAUGGGUGAUGUUGAAGUGAAUCUUCCAGGCUUGCCCUCAGCACACAUGCAAUUCAAAGUACCUUAUUUCCAAAAGAUACUGAAAGAGGAAUAUCACAUACACAUAACAGGCAAAUGGUUUAACUAUGGAAUUAUCUUCCUUGUUUUAAUCUUGGAUCUGAAUAUGUGGAAGAACCAAAUAUUUUACAAACCUCAUGAAUAUGGUCAAUAUAUUGGUCCUGGACAGAAGAUCUACACAGUGAAGGACUCAGAGAGCUUGAAAGACCUUAACAGAACUAAGUUAUCUUGGGAGUGGAGAUCCAAUAACACUAACCCAUUGACAAACCGGACCUAUGCCGAAGGGGACAUGUUCUUGCACAGCAGGUUCACAGGCUCCAGCCUUGAUGUCAAAUGCCUGGCUUUUAUUCCAAGUUUGCUGGCUUUUGCUCUGUUUGGUUUCUUCAUCUGGUUCUUUGGGCGAUUUCAGAAAACUGACCAAGGCAUGGAGAAUUUAGACAAAUCGUACACAAGAAUGAAACGAAAGUCACCAUCAGAUAUGGGAAUGACACGAGAAAAUACACAGGUGUUAGAAGAACCAUUGAAUUUUCAAGAACCACAUCUGGUAUCCAUAAAAUCAGACUUAAGUGAAAUAGUUUUUAAUUCUUCUCUCCUAACUUCUGAAAACUUGAACGCACAACUGAAUGAACAAGACAGCCCUUUACAGCCAGUACCAGAGUCCUCUGUCCCUAAGAAUAAUCCUGUGACAUAGAGGAAAAUACCCAGGAAAAUCAGUUUAAAUAAGCAGUUACUCUAAGAUUUCAGUUUUACCUUUUGUAAGUUAAGAUUUACAUAGUGUUUAGAAUAAGAAACUCAACCUAUACCAAGAGGUGCUCAGCAUGCUUUUUCUAGGAAUUUUGUUUUUUAUUUGUAUUAUAGUACGUGCCUAUUGUAUAUCUAACAUUCCUUUAUAGAUUGCUUCCCAAAAUUGCACAAGCUAUUUAUUAAUACAUUACCUUAACUGUAUAAUAGUGUAUUAGAUGAUUACUUGCAGGUUUAAAAUUCUACCGUGGUGGUGCCUUGAGACAUUAAACUGUUUUUUAACUCAAUGCCAAGUGUAUAGCACAGUUCUUCUCAUCUGUUUUGAAAAGCUUUUUGUAUAUGGUUGUUUCAAGUAUCAUUUGAUGUCUUAACAGAGGAGAUAAAUAUAGUUAUUGCUAAAGAGGGUUUUCUGUUAGGACAUCACAACUUGACUUUGUUAUUUACUCAUCUGUGAAGUCAGAGAUUUUGAUGACCAGACUGCAGAGAAGCAUGUUGAUUACCUUUUAAUUUUUCUGGCUAGCUGCCAAACACAAAUAGAUUUAUUAUGCAGUAAACAGCAGAGACAUAAUAUUGCAUGGGUCACUAGCUGAGAAAAUAUGAGUUUCUCCAUCAGUAAUAGCAAUUAUGUGAUAAUGCCUAAUUAUGUUUUUCUUAAUUAAAGAUAAACUGCUCCUUGAUUUAAAGUUUUGCCCUUCACCUUUCAGAAACAGAGGUGAAAAUACACAGUUGAAGGAACUCUUUUUGUCAUCACAUCAAGCCUAUGCAACAUCAAAGAGCCAAUGGAGUGAUUACAGUAAAGGACACAAAGCCCAUUAAAUCCAAUAUUUUUUCAAUUCAGUACAGAUAUGGUCUGGGUAUAUGUGAAACAUACAUACAUAUGAACAU